AUGGAGGAUCCCAGUUCAAUUAGAGAAACUUCUCAUUAGAAGAUCUAAGAAACAAAGAGAAAGAUCAAAGAGUUCUAACAGUAUUUGUCACAAUAAAUUGUUGAAUGUGAAAAGGAAUAAGAGAAAAAAAACUUAUAAAAAAUACGAAAUGAAUUAGCAAAGAAACAUCAUAAAAAUAGAUUUUCAAGUUUUACUAAUUCAAUGCAUCGUCCCUCAUUCAUUUAUUAGAUCAAGGAGAAUGAAUUAUUUGAUAAUAAAUCAGUUUUUAUUAAUAAGGAGAUUCCACAAUUAACAAAUCUCUAAAGGUCAUUAUUGAUCUCUCCUGAGAGAAACUAGAAUCCAUCAUAUAUAAAACAUUAAUUAGAUAGACCAACAAAUAAAUAAAAAAGUGAAUUUCCUGCUGUAAGGAAGAGAUUCUUAAGCUAAUAAGAGAUUGAUCGUAUCGAAUUUUGGGAUAGGAAUUUCAGUCAGUUACAAGAAAUAGAAUAGAAAGAAAAAUGUAGUCUGUUAAUUGGCAAAAUUAAAAAGCAGCUCUUAGAAUAAAGGGAAGUGAAGGUAUUUAAACCUACUGAUCAAUGUUUAAGAUAUUUUGAUAAGAACAUCUCCCUAAUAUCUGAAACUUUAAUAACUUGCAGAUAAUUUAGUAAAGAAAUAGGUCUACCAAAAAUAAAAGAACCUAAAGUUUGGAUCCCUACUAACAAUCAUUUUUGA